CCCAUUUUUCAACUUGCAUGCGGAUACACACACGCACACACACACUCGGCUUUUCCCAGAAACUGAGGCGCAACCCCCAUGAAACAGAAAGUUUGUGCAGCGGCAGAACGAACUGUGUUUGUGGCACUCGAAUUUGGGACACAUUCCUGUAAAGGACGCAGCUCCGGUCAGCUGCUGCUCGAAACCCAAAAGGAGCCACUAGAAAAACGCGCGCGGUGCAGUUUGCCCUGAACCUCUGAAAGUGAAAAUACAAUACAGACACAGUGUGAAAUGCAGAGUGGACUGUCCGCCAGUGCAGUAAACUAAAUAGUGUAUUUAACAAGCAUUGAGCACUUGCAAGCUAAAAAUCAUUUUGGAAAAUCGGAAAAGGGAAAGCUGCAGCAUUGCUUCCGUUUGCCAAAUAUUGAUUGGCAAGUGUGUUGCUGAAAAAUCGAUUAUUAAAGCCACUUUCCACACACAGCUGGUGGUUGUUGUUGCUGCGAGGAUGGAGGUGGCUUCAGUGGUGGCAGUGGUGGUGGCUGCAUAGGCGAGGGUUGCGUGCCGCAAUGUGGGAACUCAACAGCAGCAACAUUGGCACAUCCAGAGGCACACUUCCAACUGUUUUGACGUGGUCGAGUUCCAAUGGCGCUGGCUCCACCGAAUGCUGCAGCGCAGCCUUGCAGCCAUCCAGCGGCGACGCGUUGCAUGUGCAGCAGCAGCAGCAACAGCAACAGCGGCAGCAGCAACAGCAGCAACUGCAGCAACAACAGCAGCAGCAGGAUACGAAAACGAGGAUGACAACGACCACAGGCAACCGCGGAGGACACAGAUACAGAAACAGGCACAGUCACCGAUACACAGCAACAAUUGCUGCAAAACAGCCAAUAGCAACGGCAACAUAUUGUGGCAUAUUAAAAAAAUAAUUUAAAAAAAAAACAUAAAGACAAACCAAAAUGAACUAUAAAACGAAUACAAGCUGAAACCAUCAAAUUAUAACUCAAACUCAAUGCAUCGCACAAAGUUACGUUAAGUAUACGACGCGUAUUUCCAGCUGCAAAACGAACCAAAACGAACCGAACGAAACGAAACGCACAGGUGCAUCUGCAGUCCCCACUCCGCCCCUGAAAACCCCCCACCCGCUCCCCCUUCAUUAGCCCAACCCCCCCUGGGGUAUCUACACCAAUUGACAAGCAAUCGAGGCAAUGCAGAAUGAAUGAACUUGUUUAGUCGACAAUUUUUAAGUGCACUUUCGUAAGGCUGAUUUUGAAUUUAUUUCGAUGUUGUGCUUCUACACCCCCCAAAAAAACGAGAAAAACGAAAACAACCAAGAACCAAGCAACAAAGAGCAAUGAACCAAGUGAAAGUGUGAGUGUUUAG